AUGUUAAUGACGGCAAUGAACAUAAUUGCUUCAUCUCGUAUUCUUGGGCAUCCUGAGAACGACGAUGGCCAUUCAAGUGCACAACUGGAACCAAACACAGUCCUGAAAUCUCCCAACGAGGCUCAUAUCACCCCAGAGGUUCCAAUCAACAACGAGCUAAACAAUCACUAUCGUGAUUUCAUCAACGACAGAUUCAGUUCCCCACCACCGACCCCAGACGACCCAAAUGACGGUUUCCCAGCCAACCGAUCAGCACCUAACCGUAUUCCUACCCCUUCUGAAUCUACCUCUGCGGUUCGUCAAGCUCACAAGAAACCGACUAAGAAGCGUGUUUCCAGAGUACCUCUGACGGCUGAAGAGCGUGCUCUCGACGAUUCCGACCACAAUGAUUCAAAUGAAGAUGAACCAAACCAUCCUGUGGCUCCUCGCUGUAUGACUGCCCCUUCUCAAGCGACCGCCUCGCCUGAAUCAAGCAAUAAGAUUUUCUACGUAUGGUCAAUUGCACAAAAUGGAACAUCCAUGAAAGCGAAUUUUACCAAUUAA